AUGUCACCACCUCCGCCUCGGCGAAGGGACAGGGACUUUAGCCGUAGCCCACCCCCGAGGAGGCGACGAUACUCGCGUUCGCGCAGCUUCUCUCGCUCCCCACCCAGGCGGUAUGGUGGUCGACGUAGUCCGAGCCCGCCUCCCAGGCGGAGACGCAGUCGUUCUGUUUCCGGCUCGAGGUCUCCGCCUCCACCACUGCGGAGGAGGCGAGGUUCGGAUGCCAGCAUCAGGAAAGGCCGCGCUAGGAGCUCUAGCAGGGACGCUAGACCAGUCAGAAAGGGCGGCAGGUCUAGCAGUCGAAGCCGGAGCAGGACACCCGAGCGCAAGGAUAGAGAUGCGGAUGAUCGGAUGGAGGUGGACGAAAAAAGAGAGGAUGGGGGUGAGCUCAAGAUCAAGGGCCAGGCUGAAGCGGAGAAGCGGAAGAAUGAGGAUACCCCGGAUACGCUGAAACAUAAGAUGGAGUUGGAGAAAAGAGAGCAUGAGCUCAAGGAAAAGGCUCUGAGGAACAAAGUCGUCCGGAGCCGCAAGAAUGCUGCUGGCUAGUGGCACUUCUGUUCGCAAGUGACAUCUUUGAUAUGCUUUCAGUUAAAUUUUGUGCGAUAUAUGCUCAGUAUGUUUUUCGUUCAGCAGCCAGGUACGCGACGACCCUGGUGCUUCCUCCGUGCACCGGCAUGGCGUAUUGACUUGCGAUUUCGUCGUUGCGUUGCGGUGCUGCGUUCAACUUUGAUUGAUAAAAUGUCGACCAUCACUGACUGGCUCGGCCUAGAGUAGGC